AUGGCGCGCGGCAGCCUACGACUGCGCGAAGCCUGCGCGUGGCUUCUGCUGCUGGAGGCGGUGGCGACGGCGGGCUUGGCCUCGGUCUCAGCCGGCGGCGGGGCUGCUCAGCUACCCCUGGUCAUCAACACCUGGGCAUUUAGCAACGCUACGGAAGCAGCUUGGAGUACCCUACAGGCAGGAAGCUCUGAACUAGAUGCAGUAGAGAGAGGUUGUGGCCAGUGUGAGAUUGAGCAAUGCGACGGAAGUGUGGGGUUUGGAGGAAAUCCAGAUGAACAUGGAGAAACAACGUUGGAUGCCAUGAUUAUGAAUGGUAACAAUAUGCAAGUUGGGGCAGUAGCAGAUCUCAGGCGCAUUAAAAAUGCUAUUGGCGUGGCACGAAAAGUGAUGGAACAUACUAGGCAUACUUUCUUAGUUGGAGAGUCAGCCUCCCUGUUUGCAGAAAGCAUGGGAUUUCCAAGUGAAGACUUGACUACACAGAACUCUCUUUCAAUAUAUUUAAAGUGGCUUAAUCAAAACUGCCAGCCAAACUUCUGGAAGAAUGUUAUACCAGAUGCUUCCAAAUCAUGUGGGCCAUACAAACAGGCUGGAGAGUUCAGUAAAGAAGAAUCGAACAUCUCAAAGAGAAGAAUACAAGUUCACAAUCAUGAUACUAUUGGCAUGAUUGUGGUUGGCCAAACUGGAAGCAUUGCUGCAGGGACAACUACAAAUGGCGCAAACCACAAAAUCCACGGACGUGUUGGUGACUCUCCAAUAGCUGGAGCCGGAGCGUAUGCUGAUAGUACAGCUGGAGCUGCUGCUGCUACUGGAGACGGGGAUGUUAUGAUGCGCUUCUUGCCCAGCUAUCAAGCAGUGGAGUAUAUGCGCACAGGAAUGGAUCCAACUAUGGCAUGUGAAAAUGUGAUUUCUAGAAUUCAAAAGUAUCACCCCUACUUCUUUGGUGCUGUUAUCUGUGCCAACACAACUGGAAGCUACGGUGCUGCCUGCAAUAAAGUUCCAGGAUUCACACAAUUUCACUUUAUGGUUUCUAAUCCCACUCUGAAGCAACCAUCUGAGAAAAUAGUGAACUGCAUUUAAUUCCUCCCUCCUCUUAACACCAGCGUCUAAAUUUAACACAAGGGAAGAAAUAAAGGUUCACA